CAGGCAACUGGUGUAGGGGUCGCGCAAGAAAAAGCCGGGCAGGAGCUCUUUCAUGUUUACAUCAAGUUGAUGGCUCCCUAACAGGCAUCUUGACUUCACCAGUCGACAAGCACAUGAAUUUCAUCGCUAUCCAACAUUUUUGUAUUGCCACGGCCCGACAAGGACAAC